AUGGAACUUGAGUCACAGUCGGCUCAACGGUGUGAAGAGGCUGAAAGAGCUGUAUUUGAAGAGCAAAACGUGCAUGAUGUCAACGAGCUACGUGAUCUGGUUGAAGGAUAUCGAGCGCAGAAUGAGUUUCUAAAUAAGGAGAUUGUUCUUUUGCACAAAAUGGUACGGUCAGUGGAAGAGCGAGAACGCAAGUGGCAGAAACAUUUUGCAGAGGUUGAGGGAUGUUACUACCAAAUGAAAAGCCGAUAUCUCAUGGUCCUAAAUCAUUUCAAGUCUCCCGAAAAGCCGAGUAUAAUGAUGGAAAAGGGAAUGCUACAGCAAUUGAUGGCAGAAGUAUGCCGAACCGCUCGUAGUUCUGCGGAAGAAACGGAUGCGCUUGGAUUCUACUUAAAGGAAAGGACAAUGCAGGAUAACAGCAGUGGAGAUUUGUUAGAUAUGGCUGCCGAAUGUGCUGACAAAGGUACUCGAACUUUAGAGGCCGCAAAAUUGGUGCAAAGUAAGGAAAACAUGAUAUGGCUUCAGUCUUGGGAUUCGUUCAUUGUGAAUUGGGUAGGACGACCACUUGUGGGGAGUCAGGAUUUGAAAAACCUUAUACGCACAGGCAUUCCUGAAGCUUAUCGAGGCCGCAUAUGGAAGGGCCUUGUGCAACUUUUAUUGAAAGAGAAAUUGUCCGAAUUAGGAAAUGGUUACUACAGCAGUAUGUUAAGAAAGACUCUGCAUCAGCAGGAGAGCGGAGUUUAUGACUUGUCUAUUAAGCAGAUUGAUCUUGACUUGGUACGCACGCUACCAGCUAAUCGUAUGUUUGCCGAUCCGGAUUCAGAGAAGGUGAAACAAUUACGGAGAGUGCUCUACGCGUACAGAAAUCAUGACAGGGUUAUUGGUUAUUGUCAGGGCUUGAAUCGGAUAGCAGCAGUUGCAUUAUUGUAUCUCGAAGAAGAGGACGCGUUUUGGUUUCUUAUCGCAUUUACGGAGCUCCAACCAGCUGACUACUACGCGAGCAAUCUUAUCGGAGCUGUAGCAGAUCAGAAGGUUCUACGCGAUCUUGUUGCGGAAAAAUUGCCUCGACUUGCUGGGCACCUUAGACAGUUUGAAGUGGAUUUGUCGCUGUUCGCUCUAAGUUGGUUCUUGACGUGUUGCGUUGAUGUCUUGCCGCAUGAGAUUUAUCUACCUAUUUUUGACGUCUUUCUUUAUGAAGGAAAUAAGACGUUAUUUCGAUUUACGUUGGCAAUUUUGAAGUUGUGUGAGUCGGCUGUAUUGCAAAGUAAGUCUGUGAGUACUAUUCAUGCCUGUCUGAGUAGGCCUCGACAAUAUGUCCCAGAUUACAAGUCAUUAGCACAGGUGCGGUUUAUUUUAGCGAGAUUACAUUUCUGGUGUGAUAUUGAUUGA